AUGGCAGCAAAAGUCGAUGUCAACAAUAAGGUCUAUAAGCUAGCCGCGCUGCCGUUCAUUCUAGAACGCAAGGGCGACUACGAUGAAGCCAUCAAAAUCUACAAGAGCGCGAUAAGUGUUAUGGACGAAACAGCUCAAAUAUACAAAAAAGGAAAUGCCCUCAAAAUCCACCGGAAAAUGUUCGAGAGACAGGCCCAAGUUCUUCGAGAACGCCUAGCCUAUCUCGAAGGCCUAAAGCGCAAGGGCAGUUUCGACGAUAUAAUAUUGCCUCCGACAAUCCUGGAUGCGAUGGAAGAGAUAGAACACGAGGACGGAAAGACUCGGUCAUUGACCCAGAUCCGCAAGGACCUUAAUACUUUCCGCGGAGAUAACCCCAGUCAAUCUAAGGAUAUCAGCAAGGCUCCAGCCCACCUCCUCCCAUUCCUCAAUACCGACGCCUCGCAACGUCCCUUUUUCUCGUUGACACUUUCUCCCUCGUUGCCAACGGUCACGUAUCGAAUUACACAUUCCUCAGAACUCGUCCACCUGGGCACGCGCUCAUAUUGGUUUUUCGUCAAAGACUCAACAAACACACACGUCUUAUACGCCCUCCAAUUCGUCUGGAGUAACGAAGCACCCAUCGUCGAAACCGUCCUCCGACGCGCCGGGGAAUUCCUACCCCAAAUCGGAGCGACGAGUGUGAGACUGCAGAAGACUAAAGGAGGCAGUUUCCGGCUGGUGACGCGGACUAUCCCCGAUAUGGGCCCAAUAACUGAGAUUCCGGAUGGAGAGUUACAGAGGAAGGAUUGGUCGCCGCGACGAUUUGAGUACGGGGGACGCAAUUUCGUUUGGAAGACUGCUGCGGCGGAGGGUAAGAAGGAGGGUGGGAUUUUUGGGAGCUUUGGCUUUGCUUGGGAAACUUUGUAUGAGACUAAGCGGGUGUGGGCUAAGAGUGGGAGUAGGACUGGGAAGAUGGAGGAUGAGAUUGUUGGUCCGAGACUUUGUUGGGGGGAGAAGAAGGGGGGAUACGGUGCUGAUCAUAGUAUUCAUAUGGUUGGUGGUUUGGAUUUGUAUUUCAGGGAGCAUUUGCUUGCGGUUCAGUUGUCGAGGUUGGGUCGUGGUAGUUAUCCACCGCAAAAGGAUACUCAGGGGAUUGAAGCUGUAUCUGUUGGUGUAGGGUGGAUUUCCAUUGCUUCGUCUUUGGCAUGA